AUAUUUGUAUCGUCCAUUAAUCAUCUGAUUAUAUAUCGAUACACUGUAUAAACCGACACAAUUAAUUAUUUAAUUAAUACAGAAAUAUAUAUAUCCUUCAUGUACUCUAAUAUAAAAUCGCUCGUAAAUUGUAAGAGAGGUGCUAUGAUUUUUUUUUUAACAAACGGUCAUGUGUCUUUGACAGAGUGGAAGAGGUGAUGAUGAAGAAUUCUUGGAGAAAAGGAACUAACAUUCUUGCAAAUAAUGCAAGAAACCAUGUGAAAUUAUUGGGAUAAAGCCCAAAUAUUUUUGUGUUCACAAAAAAAUAAAACCAAGCAGCAUACUAGCUAGCUACUCGAAAAAAGAAGGGAAAAAAAAAUGAAGCAUGAAAAAAUGAAAAUGGGGAUGGUCACUCACUGCAUUCUUGGCUUCUCUCUCUUGAUUUUAGUGGCCGCCGUUUUUUAUCUCACGGGUGACUUCUUAGGCUUCUUGGAUCUGCAGAGACAGCUCAAGAAUGCGUGUAACGACGCCGGCAACGAGGCUCCGGCGUCGUACGAGGAUAAGCCGAGUUCGAGUCUGAGUUCGAGCACGAGAUGCAAUUUGUUUGAAGGGAGAUGGGUUUUUGACAAUGUGUCGCUGCCUUUGUACGAGGAGAGGAAUUGCUCGUUUAUGCUGCCCGAGUUUGCGUGUGAGAGGUAUGGGAGGAAAGAUUUCAAGUAUCGGAAUUGGAGAUGGCAGCCUCGUCGUUGUGAUCUUCCGAGGUUCAACGGGACGGCGUUUUUUGAGAAAAUAAGGGGAAAGAAGCUUGUGUUCGUGGGGGACUCGUUGAAUCGGAAUCAGUGGACGUCGAUGCUCUGCCUGGUCGAGUCCGCGCUCGGCCCGUCGUCGCCGAGGACGGUUGUCCGGGACGAGAAUAUGCAUACGUUCCAGUCGAAUGAAUAUAAUGCGACGAUCGCGUUAUAUUGGUCGCCAUUUCUAGUUGAAUCAAAUUGCGACGAUCCAAUUAUUCAUCGCGUCAAAGAUCGAGUAGUCAGGCUUAUGGGCAUCGACAAGCACGCCAGGCAUUGGAACGAUGCGGAUAUACUCAUCUUCAAUUCCUAUCUGUGGUGGACGGAUCCUAUGACAGUCACAUGGGGAACCUCAUUAGGGAGCUCCGAUGCAAGAAACAAGACAGUAGAUAAGAUGAGCACUCGUCUCUACGAAAUGGUCCUCGACGUGUGGUCGGAUUGGCUAGAAAUCAACAUAAAUCGAACUAAAACGAAGAUGUUUUUCAUGAGCCCUUCCCCUUUUCAUCUCUACGGUGAUAAAUGGGAGGAGAAGCGCAACUGCUACAACGAAACAGAGCCAAUUUUAGAUGGGAGAAUUGGUCUCUCGAUAGUUGGUGCAAGAAUGAGAGCUGCGGAAUUAGCCCUGCAAAAGCUAGGGACUCGAGGCAUAAACAUCGAAUAUCUGAAUACGACACAUUUGUCCGAAUAUAGAAAGGAUGCUCAUCCCUCGAUUUAUAAGAAUUUUUUCCACACCGUAAGUGAGGAGCAACUAUCGGAUCCGACGAGCUAUUCGGAUUGCACGCAUUGGUGUCUGCCGGGAGUCCCCGACAUUUGGAAUCAGAUUCUUUAUUCUUAUAUUAUGAACUCUUGAUGGGAACUUCUAGGGUUCAAACCGCAUCGCUCAUCCUUCCCCAAGUAAAAACAAAAAAAAACCUCUUGAUGGAAAAUUGCACAACAUCCAUAUUGAGGAAAUGGCAAGAAGAUUAGGUAAGAUAUGUAUAUGCAGCGUGACAAGAUUUAAUUUGUUGUUUUACAUUUUUUUUUUCUUGAUCUUGCUCUUAGUAGUUCAAUUGUAGCAUAGUUAACUUGCUUUUUUGUGUUCAUUUUGUGUAGGUUUUGUACAAAUGUUUAUUCGAGAAGAUACUGUUGAAUAUAUUCGAGAUAAAUGAUGGUAAUUUACCGAAGCUUCAUUUGUUUCAAUUUGAGGUAUUAGGGAUCCACCAUUUUGGCCUACUAAGUCCCAAUAAAUUAAAUAUUUGAAAUA